AGGACGCGCAGGCGCAGUAGCUCCGGCGGUGCUUCCGGGACUGCGCCCUGAGACCUUUUUGGCGCAUCAGCGACGAUAGUGGGGACGGCAGCCGGGAGGGCGCGGCCCGCGUUCUAGGCGGCGCCAUGCGCUACAACGAGAAGGAACUGCAGGCGCUGUCCCGGCAGCCGGCUGAGAUGGCGGCCGAGCUGGGCAUGCGGGGCCCCAAGAAGGGCAGCGUGGUGAAGCGGCGGCUGGUGAAGCUGGUGGUCAAUUUCCUCUUCUACUUCCGCACGGACGAGGCCGAGCCCGUCGGAGCUUUGCUGCUGGAGCGCUGCAGAGUCGCCCAGGAGGAGCCCAGCGGCUUCUCCAUCAGCUUCCUGGAGGACCCAGAGAGGAAGUACCACUUCGAGUGCUGCAGUGAGGGGCAGUGCCGCGAGUGGGUGGAUGCGCUGCGGGGGGCCAGCUACGAGUUCAUGCGGAGAAGCCUGGUCUUCUACCGGAGUGAGAUCCAGAAGAUGACAGGCAAGGACCCGCUGGAGCAGUUCGGCAUAUCCGAGGAGGCCCGGUUCCAGCUGAGCGGCCUGAAGGCGUGAGGCCGGGUGCUGGUGGCGGCGUGCCUCAGCUCGGGCCUGGAGCACACCACACCUGCCUGGCCCAGCCCCGGGUUUGCACCGGGAGGCCUUUUCGGUGAAGAGACUUUCAAGCCUGAGGCUGGUUGGGGCGGGUGGGCAGGGGCUGUCUCUUAGGAGAAGCAUCUGGCAGGACCCCCUCCCCACCUCGGGACCCAGUGGACGGGUUGGCCGGCCCCAGGAGGCCUGGCGGGCCCUGGGCCGUGAAUGUAUGGAGCUCCAUGACGCUGUGAACGUGGUGGGGGCUGAGCCCCUGCCCAGCUGUGAACCCUAGUCCUGCUGACGGGCAGGCACCUGGCAGAGCGGCCUCCGCCCCACCUGCCCGCCUGUUCUGUUCCAAUAAAGGUACCUCUUUUCUA